CAAACACAUCCAGGGAUGGGACAUCCCAAACACAUCCAGGGAUGGGACAUCUCAAACCAUCCAGGGGUGGGACACCUCAAACACCUCCAGGGGUGCGUUGGGAACGUGCCUCUCCUCCCGCCCCACACGGCCGUGUCUCUGUGCUCUGUCGCAGGCGGGAGCCUCUCCAAGCAGGACUGGACCAUCCAGUGGCCGGCGGCGGAGCCGGGCAAGGAGAACAGCCCGGGGUGCCCGGCGGAGCAGGGGCAGUGGGCACGGACGCAGCUCUCGCAGAGCCCCAAGGUCCCGCCCAAGUGCGGGCAGCACCACUGCCACGGGGGCUCCCCCCACGCGCCCCUCUACACCCACGUGGACCGCCUGACCGUGGAGGCCCACCCGGGGCUCUGCCCCCCGCUCGAGUCCGGCCACCGCUCGCUGCCGCCGUCCCCCCGGCAGCGCCACGCCGCCCACACCCCCCCGCGCACCCCCAACAUCGUCACCACCAUGACCCCGCCGGGGACGCCCCCCGUGCGCCGCAGGAACAAGCUGAAGCCCCCCGGGACCCCCCCGCCCUCCUCGAGGAAGCUCAUCCACCUCAUCCCCGGCUUCACCGCCCUGCACCGCAGCAAGUCCCACGAGUUCCAGCUGGGCCACCGCGUGGACGAGGCGCACACCCCCAAAGUCAAGAAGAAGAACAAGCCCCUGAACCUCAAGAUCCACAACAGCGUGGGGAGCUGUGAGAACAUCCCUGCCCAGCGCUCCCCCCUCCUGGCCGAGCGCUCCCUGCGCUCCUUCUUCGUGGGCUACCCGCCCUUCCUGCCCUCCACCCCUCCCGUGCACACCGAAGCCACCUUCUCAGCCAAUACGCUGUCAGUGCCUCGCUGGUCCCCGCAGAUCCCCCGGCGGGAUCUGGGAAACUCCAUAAAACACAGGUUUUCCACCAAGUACUGGAUGUCUCAGACCUGCACUGUCUGUGGGAAAGGAAUGUUGUUCGGCUUAAAGUGCAAAAACUGCAAGCUCAAGUGCCACAACAAAUGCACCAAAGAGGCCCCUCCGUGUCACCUGCUGAUCAUCCACCGAGGAGGGAGACGAGCCGUGCGGGGCGAGGCAGAUUUGCAUUGCAAACCACUUCCACCCACCCUCCCCCUGCCUCCUUUUCUUUUCAGAUUCCCCACAGCACGGGCGAGGUUAGUCCGGACAGAGUCGGUGCCCUGCGACAUCAACAACCCCCUGCGGAAGCCGCCCCGGUACUCGGACCUGCACGUCAGCCAGACCCUGCCCAAAACCAACAAACUCAACAAGGACCACAUCCCGGUGCCCUACCAGCCGGAUUCCAGCAGCAACCCCUCCUCCACCACGUCCUCCACGCCCUCCUCGCCGGCACCGCCGCUGCCGCCCAGCGCGACACCCCCGUCCCCCCUGCACCCCUCCCCGCAGUGCCCGCGCCAGCAGAAGCAGUUCAACCUGCCAGCUUCCCAUUACUACAAGUACAAGCAGCAGUUCAUUUUCCCAGAUGUGGUGCCUGAGACUCCAACCCGAGCCCCGCAGGUCGUCCUCCACCCCGUCACCUCCAACACCAUCCUGGAAGGAAACCCAUUGCUUCAAAUUGAAGUGGAGCCCACCUCGGAGAACGAGGAAGGCCCCGAGGAGGCGCAGGAAUCCGAGGACGACUUCGAGGAGAUGAACCUGUCGCUCCUCUCCGCCCGCAACUUCCCGCGCAAGGCCAGCCAGACCAGCAUCUUCCUGCAGGAGUGGGACAUCCCCUUCGAGCAGCUGGAGAUCGGGGAGCUCAUCGGGAAGGGCCGCUUCGGGCAGGUCUUCCACGGGCGCUGGCACGGCGAGGUGGCCAUCCGGCUCAUCGACAUCGAGAGGGACAACGAGGACCAGCUGAAGGCCUUCAAGAGGGAGGUGAUGGCCUACAGGCAGACGCGGCACGAGAACGUGGUGCUCUUCAUGGGAGCCUGCAUGAGCCCCCCCCACCUUGCCAUCAUCACCAGCCUGUGCAAAGGACGGACUCUCUACUCGGUGGUGAGAGACGCCAAAAUCGUCCUGGACGUCAACAAGACGAGGCAGAUAGCACAAGAGAUCGUGAAGGGAAUGGGUUACCUGCACGCCAAGGGGAUCCUCCACAAGGACCUCAAGUCCAAGAAUGUUUUCUACGACAAUGGGAAGGUGGUGAUCACCGACUUCGGCCUCUUCAGCAUCUCGGGUGUUCUCCAGGCGGGCAGGAGGGAGAACAAGCUGCGCAUCCAGAACGGCUGGUUGUGCCACCUCGCCCCCGAGAUCAUCCGCCAGCUCUCCCCGGACACCGAGGAGGACAAGCUGCCCUUCUCCAAGCACUCGGAUGUCUUUGCACUGGGCACCAUCUGGUACGAGCUGCACGCGCGGGAAUGGCCCUUCAAGACGCAGCCGGCGGAGGCGAUCAUCUGGCAGGUGGGAAGAGGGAUGAAGCCCAACCUCAGCCAGAUCGGGAUGGGCAAGGAGAUCUCGGACAUCCUCCUCUUCUGCUGGGCCUACGAGCAGGAGGAGAGACCCACCUUCACCAAGCUCAUGGACAUGCUGGAGAAACUGCCAAAGCGCAACCGCCGCCUCUCCCACCCCGGGCACUUCUGGAAGUCGGCAGAGCUGUGACGGGAGGAGCCGAGGGACGGUGCCUUCCUCCCCCAGCACUUCUCCUCUUCCUCUCCGCUUCCCACCCCGUGCUGCGGAGGAGCAGCGGGCGCCGGGGGCCGACGGCGGGACGGGAAUGAGACGGGAGUGAGACGGGAAUGAGACGGGAGUGAGACGGGAAUGAGACUCUUCCCCCGCACGUUUCGCCCCGGGAAGCCUCUGGAGGGCCGGAGGAGCCGGAGCGGCGGCCGAGCCCGGGAAUGCCCGGUGUGGUGGGAUGGGCUCUCCGCGCACACGGGGUCGGCCCCGGGGUCGGUUCCCCACCGAGCAGGGGUGACCCCCACGAGGCAAACGACUUCAAUUUUGGGCUCCUCUGACCCCACCCAGCGCUCACGACGCUCGGCUGGGGGAGGGCUUGUGUUCUCGGUUCUCCGUGGGUUUAUUUAAUUUCCCUUAUUUAUUGCCUUUAUUUUUUUAUUUUUUUUUUAACGAAAAAAAGGGGGAAUGUUGCUGAUUCCCGAGCUCAGCACCGGAGCCUGCCGGGGCCGGGGAGUGCCGCUGCUUUUAGCUGCACCCCCCGCGGGGAAAUGCAUCUGGAGGAGCCCCGCUCCCCCCACGGCCCCUCGUGGGCGGCCGUGACCUUUCACAAGUGGCUUCUCUACCUCCCAGCCGCGUCCACUUACGAUUCCCCCCGCGGGUCUCCCUCCCAGCGGGACACAUCCCCGCAUUCCCGCUCAGUUAUCGGCGUGUGGCUCAUCAGCCGGCCCUGACCUCUCGCCCUCCCCGCCCCUGCUCUGCUCUUGCCUUCUCCUCCCUCCCCAAAUUCCGGGUUUGGGGGCGCUGAGGGGGCUGAGCAGAGCCGGGCUCGGGCUCAUUCCCCUCUCCCGUGGCCUUCCCUUCGCUGCUGGAGCUGGGAAUGCCAACAGGCUCUGGUUGUACAGAGCCUCUCCCCUCCCAGCCCCGCACGUGGGACGAUCCCGGCUGAACGACCCAUUUCCCCUGCACGUUCAUCUUCCAGCUGCCAAAUCCCAGCCCUUCCCGAAGAAACGCUCCUGGGGCAGCAGCUCGGGGCCGGUGUUGCCAUCGGAACGCCGUGUGCUGGCAUUUCCCUCUCCCACCAGCUCAGGUGGCCCCUCCAGCCCGUCAGCUGAGCUGCCGAGCGACAGAUGAUGGCAAAUUGCAUUUCCAGGCCCUCAUUGAGCAUAAUUGCUUGACAGGAACCAUCCUGGAUAAUUCAGUUGGAGCCUCAGUUUGGCUUUAAUUUGGAGACACGACGAGGCUGCGCAAACUAACCAGCCUUGGUUUGUUUGCUGCUCUCCUCCAGCUCUUCCUUGCUGGUGUCUGAACCACUUCAGCAUAAGUAAAAGGAGAUUAGAAACCUAA